CAUUAUCUAUCGAAAGAUAUAUGUCGAACUUUAUCAAGGUUUUGUUUGUCAAACCCGGCAUUGAACUCGCUAUAGCCUAUAGUCCGCGCAUUAAAUUUUAUAUUAAGUUUUUUUCUAAAGCUUUAUUUACUCUUAUAUAAUAAAAAGUGUUAAUUAUCAUUCGCUGUGAUGAAUAAAAUUAUUUACUAAGAUACUUGUUUAAUAUUUACCGAUUUAGAGUUUCAUUUAAAGUUUUCCUUUUGCCGAUAAUUCCAUAAAAAAGCUUUCGAUAUAAAAAGUUUACCUUUUUAUAUUAUGGCGAGAGAUUAUAAAUAAUAUUUAUGAAUCAAUAUCUAUCGCAUUUUUAUAAAUACUCAACGAAUCAAAAUCCCAACAUCGAUUGUCUUACAAAUUGAAUUCGAUCAACGGUGUUACCAGUAGGUAUCAAGAACAAAAUAAUCGGCGAUGGAAACCUCGCUAACUAUAUUACUAAUAUAUUACUACUUGGAACACAAGAGUAUCGAGUUAGAGUAUCAAAAAGCAAACGCACAGCAAACUAUCACAUCUCAAAGCUAUCGCACAACCCACACGAUAUCAGAAUAUAGGUUUAGUGAUUGCGCAUAGGUAUAGGCAUGCAGUCGUCUGUAUUGGCGGUUUCGCGAGUCGCUACGUUCGUUCGCGCAGGUGAGAGCGGCGCAUGCAGGGCGUUAUCCAGCAGCGUGACUCCUCCCUGCCUCUUCGCGCUUGCGGCCCAUCAUACGGCGUGCAGCACAGCACACAUAUACACACCUCUCUCUCGUAGUGUGUCUGGCGCUGGCACUUGCACUGCAUACGUGAGGCGUGCGUGCAGCUCGCAUCUUUACGCUGCUGCUUGCUCCACUGUCAUGAGAUAGCUAAAACUCCGGUUUCACACGUACGCAGUUUUGCUUUACGUUUACAGAGGUGCAUGUUCAACAUGAGCUUGCCAACACCAGAGGACACAAAUGACAAUGCAGUUGCAAUCCAGGCAGCAGCACAAGCUAAAGAAUGGGUGAAAUUUGAAGAGGAUACACCAGCUGCAUCAUCUACUCCAAAAAAAGCUAAAGAUGCAGAAUCAAGUGCUCCGGCAUUUAUCAAGCCAGAGUCUGUAACUGUUGAUGUAAGCAAAAUUAACAGGUCCUUGGAUACAUCUGAUGGCGAGCACAAGAAAAGUGAAAACUACAGUGGAGCUGUAAUAGCAACUAACUCCGUACAAAUUAAUUUGGACAGAUCAGGACUCAGUCGUUCAGUGACUAAUGAAGAGCCUAAUUUGCAGUCUUCGGCUGCAGGUGUUUACAAUCCAAAAAGUGCCUCCUUGAAAACUAUAGAUUUGAGAGAUACCUCUAAUGGCAGAAAUAUUAUAAGUACCCCUAUUGGUAAUAUAAGACAAGGUUUUGCUAAUGGUGACACCAUUGUUACUCUUUUACCAGUUAAUACUAAGUGGCCUUGGAUAACUCCAGCUAGAUUCCGUCCAGAACUUGUACCUGAAGAAUUGAUGGCACAAGGACUGACAUUAACAGUGGAGGACUAUGUACAAAUAAUGGAACUACUUGUUAAUGAUGUUCGAUUCAACAUGUACAAUAUUUGUUACAAAAGAAUUCUUGUAGUAUGGAUAUUCACAGCUUUUAUGGUCUUAUUGGGACUGCUAUUCUCAGGAGUGACAGGACUGACAUUAUUCGGUCUAGGAGUAAUGUGGCUGGUCCUUAAUGCUGCUGCCAUAUUCUUAUGUAUGUUCAUCAAAAUCAAGCUCAACCACAAUCUGGAAAAAUGUAUGGCUCAGGUGAACAAGCACCUGCUGCGACAUAAAAUUUUACUCGGGCUCGACGACAGAGGAAAAAUAUCCUGCCACAAAGUUAAUUUGUGCUUUAUCUACUUCGACACCACGGAUUGCAUUAAAAAGCUGCAGGAAGUGAUCGAGCGCGAGGAGCGCGAGGGCCGGCUGAUCGGCAACAACGACGAGAGCUCGCGGUCCAGACGACAGCGCGAGCUCCAGCAGCGCAUGGACAUCGACGACAGUGACAUCGUGAUCCAAGGCGCAACCACCACUCGGGUCUCGCGCAAACAGGAGCGCGCGGAGAUGCUGCUGCUGAGGUACGCUUCGCGCUGGGCACACCACUUCGUGCGCAGGCGGCUGGAGCUUGCGGUCGACUCGCAGCUGCGCGGCCGCGCCUUGGCCACCCUCAAUCCCAACCAGCCGCCCAGGCACUGCGUCAGCUCGCACUGCCCCUGCCAGUUCAUCGAAGACCAUCUCAAGUACAAGCCCAAAGGCAAGUUCACUUAUUUGCGUAGCUUCUUCCAAAUGCCCGACUUCCGCUCCAGCUAGGCGCGCGCGCCUUCUACCUCGUCUCGCGUCCGGUCUUUUUUUCCAAUUUUCGUCGAAACGCUUGCGCCUAAUCACUCGGCAUUACCUUCAUCGCAGCUAAUUCCACACCAUCAUGGCAUAUCUUGCUUUUACUACUUAUGCUAAUACGAAAACUGCAGUAUUGGUUUUGUGUUUUUACGUUCACAAGUGACGUUUGUUCCUUAUGAUUAAUGUGAUUGAUCGCGCAUUCCCACUGCAGUUUUGUUGAAAUCGGGUUCAUUUCAUAGCGCAAAGUCCAAAUAUCUAGCAAUUUUCAAAACACUAUAUUUUAAUACAGACAACAUUACAAGAACCUUCUCAAAUUUCUAUCAACUUUCUAUCACUAUAAUUUGUAAAUUUCAUCACUUUAUACAUCUGGCAAAAUGUGUUCAAAGUGUGCCGAUAUAUAUGCACCUUCAUUACUUUUCUUAGCGAUAGCAUAAUAGAAAAGCUUAUACUUAGCGCGUUAAUUAAAAAAUCUUGUUCUUUCAAAUUCUUUUCAAUUUGAUUGUUUAAUUGCAUAAUUCGAUGAUGGAAAAAAUGGCUUGUUGUCAUAAAUUAAUAAAAAAUGAGUGAAAUGAUAUUAUGCAAACGAAUUAUCGGUUUAUGUACUAAUAAAAAAUAAUAAUUUAUUUUAUAUAGUACAAAAAAGCUUUACUCGUGCAUCCAAUGGUUUGGGUAUAAACUAACCAAUGAGCUUCUCACAAGACAAUAUACAUGUGCAUUCGUAAUUAAAUUUUUUUUGAGUACUGUUGAAAAUUUACACUCAAUUGAAUUGGGAAAACUUGCCUCAAUGCUAUGUAUACUUGUAAGGGUUACUUAUACAGUGAUAUUACAAUCAAACAAUAAGUUGCAAACUUAUAUAUUGACUUUGCUAUUGCAAUGUACGAAAAAGUUUAAAGAAAUGGAUGUUACUAUAUAAUUAUCACAUAUCGAUAUUGAUGUAUAUAAUACGUCAGUUAAUAGAUAACAAGAUAUAUCAGUAAGCACAAACACUUUCUUAUCGUGUACUCAUGUCUUUAUAACCGACGUUCAGAUAAUAAUCUACAAAUAUUCAAGACUUUUUCAACUAAAACUACUAAACACCAAUAUACUACAAAUUUUUCUACAAAUUUACUUUAUCGACUUUUUUAAAUCCAAUCUUUUAUCAACACGACUGAUUAUGACUUGGAAUAUCAAGUAUAACUAUAAUUUCAUUGAUAUGUUGUUGAGCUGAAUACUCAUCAUAUGAAAUAUUUUCAAACAUUAGAUACGUUCAUCUCUUAAAUAAUAUAUAUUAUAUAUUUUGAAAAAAUUUUGAUAAAUGCACUUAUUAGACAAUGUAUCUACUAAAAUAUAAUUUAACCGGUUUGCGUUGUCUAACAAAACUGUUUUUUUCUAUAAGAGAAAAUUAUUGUAAUGCCGUCAAUUUUCCAGUGACAUUAUUUCAUCGAUAUAAUUUUUAACUAAAGUAUUUUCAAGAACCGACAUUAGAUCCAAAUGCGCACGUUUCGUAGUGAUAACAAUAAGCAAAAGUCACGGUAACAAGUCUCAUAAAAGUAGGCUCGAAUAAGUAAAUAAGUAGCCACGAAACGACAGCGCGCUAUAAAAAACAAAUUAAUUCACUUGCUGAUGCAUAAUUAAUGUCGUUGAUUAUACCAGAUAAAUUGAAAGUCUUGAUUAACAUCCGAUACCCGAAAAAAGUUUCAGAUUAAUCGAUGUAGUUUUGUGAAAG